CUCCUGCCCUGUUCCUCCGCCCUCCUCACCUGGGCCGGCUGUCACCGUCUGGAUUUGGGUUUGGCAUGAGGUGGAGGCAGAGCGUGUGGGGUCUGGUGAGACUCAGGUCAGUCUCAGAGGUCCCACAGCUUGCUGUCCCCUAGGGCCUGCCCUUCAGGGAGGGGCUACUUCCCUUCCUGUGAGUUCACUGAUGAGGAACCAGUGACAUGUCACAUGAAGCCUGGACCCUGUCACACCCCAUUCUCCUAUCCUGGGAGGCUCUGUGGAGUUUACACAUCGUCUGCACACUGGGAACCAUGGAAGGACGAUCCAUGACUUCUACCCUCACUGCCCUUCUCUGCCUCAGGCUGUGUCAGGGCCUGUGGGACCAGGUCCAGGCAGGAGUGGGCGGUGCACCCUCCCUCUCAGCCCAGCCAAGCCCUGUGGUGGCCUCAGGAGAGAACGUGUCCCUCUCCUGUACCUCUAACCUCACAUCGGGCCCUUUCCAUCUGCUGAAGGAGGGAGGGGCUGACCUGCCCCGACACAUGGAAGCAGAACCCAGGAUGCAUGCUGGGAGGUGGCGGGCCAUCUUCCCUCUAGGCCCUGUGAGCACCUCCCAUGGGGGGACCUACAGAUGCUAUGGUUCUUCCAGCUCCUACUCCAACGUGUGGUCACCACCCAGCGACCCCCUGGAGCUGGUGGUCUCAGGUCUCAAAUGGUACCUGAUUGUCCUGAUCGGGGUCUCAGUGGCCCUGGUCCUACUGCUCUCGCUCUUCUUCCUCCUCCUCCGACACCAGCGGCGUCAGAGCAAAGGCAGGACGUCAGAUGCUGUCGCAAAAGACACACAGCCUGAGCGGGACAGAAAACUGGACAGUCAGGCUGCGGCACCUGAAGACCCCCAGGAUGUGACCUACGCCCAGCUCAAGCCCUUGACCCUCAGCCAGGAGUCAAGUGCACCCCCUUCCUCCCCAUCAGAGGAGCCCCGAGAAGAGCCCAGCUUGUAUGCUUCUCUGGCCAUGCACUAGCCCAGCAAAGACCCAGACCCCACACUCCAGGGAGGUCCCUGCAGGGACCCUAAAAGGCGUGAAAGCUGCCGCCAUGGACACUCAGGUAGUGACCCCUGCCAGCCUGGAGACCUGACGUGCCCCCAGCAGCUCCUGGGACCUUUUGGAAGUUAAGUGCUUCCAGGAACUGCAUCGUUACUCAGCUGACUUACAGACCCCGCCACAGGGACCCCGCUGACUGCAAGGAUCCCAGGGAACUGCCAUCGAGGCAGUAAGUAUGCAAGUGGCAACCUCGGGCUGAGGGAGGGCCUACUGCCCGGCCACUGUCACUGUGCACUUGACUGAGCCCAAAAGUUCCCAGACGGGGACCAACCACAGGACGCAAGGUGGCUGCACCACUGAGGGGUUGCUCAACUUCGUGUUCUUCAUUUCCCAAGACUCAGCCACUUCCUCCCCUGUCUGAGAAAGCGUCUCAGCCAGGAAAAGGGAAGCCUGCUCCCUCCUGACCACUUCUUCAUCCCCCAGACCCAGGGGGAGGGGCGCUACUCCAUGGCCACUAACCAUUCCCCACUUCACUUAAAUCUCAAGACAGAACUGGGAAUCCACCCAUCAACCAUCCUGUAACCAGCUGUGAAAUGAGCCUGUAGAUCUUGUCAAUUAAAACUCAUCAGCAAACCAA